AUUGAUCUGAAUAUUACUUGGAAUCAACAGGCAAAAGCUGCAUAGCAUUAAUACGUUGAUACAACAUAGUACUGCAAGAAAACACUAACUUCUACAACAAGAUGUCGUUUUUCACGUUUUGCAAACGUCCUCGUGGAGAUCCGUCAUUAUGGAUCAUGAAGCCCUUAUGUGCGCUCUUAAUCCCGGUUUUCAUGCUGGCUGGGCUCUUGAAGAGCGUGGAUGCUGCAAUGAACCUAGAGCCCCACGAAGUGGACAAACAUGUAACCCAGCUAAGGAAGCACAUUUUCGUUGAUGUGCUGUCGAUUUCGAUUCCUCCGCACUUGGCUCGAGAAUAUGCGGCAGAACAACGAAAGCUGCACACGCAGGCAGAUGGUGUUAAGGCUUCAUCCAGUACUGCCGUUAGUUUUCUGUAUUGAACUGUCGCAAUGGCGUGGAGCUCGUUGGUUCUCAUUUCCGAAAAUUCGAGCGAUAUAGUAACACUGGCUUCCUCUAUGUGUAGGUAUUUGCGGCAGCUUGAUGGGAUAAUAGACGCGUCAUCUCUCAACUUGUACAACUUUAAGAUAGACAAAAUCACGAUGAGGUGGGAAUGAGACAAUGUUGAUGUCGUGGCUACCACGACAAGGUAAUACUAAUAUUCUCCAUUUUCGGUUCCUCUAAAGAUCAAGAGUCAACAUCAGCAUGGAGCGGGUCUACGUGUGCGAAGAGAACCAAGCAAAUGCUGGAUAAGUCACAUGCUUCCGCGCUCCAACGAAAAGAGGGACGCUUUCUCUUAAGGCUGACAAAAAAUAGAGCAGGAGAUGUCCAUCUUCCGCUUUUCUCCGUCUAAUUUAGACCUAAUAUCGCUACUACCUCCGUUUCAAUUCCUAAUUCUUAUCUAUGUACCAUUCAGCUGUUCUAAUUCUAGUAACAGUUUUAGUUUAUAAGUAUCGGUAUGGUUUACAACGUUCUUCCUAUCUUUCCAAUUUGGUGUUUCUAAGGCUUGUAACAGAGUUGGUUGACCAUCGGAGCUUCGAUCCAGCUAAGUACGAGCUGCCUCCACCGAAAGACAUCGAGGAUGCCUAUGCCUUCGGCGUUGGACCGGUCAAUUUAGGUCUUUUUUUUAGAUAGACAUCUAACGAGGAUGACGCACAUAGGUAGAGAGACAAACAUAAAUUAAUAAGUGCAAUCUUCGUACUGAUCGCCGUCUAGUCCAUUCAUCAUCAUUAUAAUAAGUGCAAUAAGCCUUCUGUAACUGUAUCUUCUCGGCAGUUACUAUCUCACGUUUACCACUACCACUACCAGUUGAUAAGUGCAAUACAUCAGCGUAUAAGACAUCCACACCAGCAAUGACAUAAUGACAUGUGAUGAAUACGUUCAUAAAACGGGGCCAAGGGUGCCUUGCUGAAGGCUCUGAGCGGAAUGAUGUCAGCCGACUCCGUCAAGUUUCUGACCAAGGUGCUUGAUGCGGGCACUGCCGGAACUCUUGGCUUGCAGGAGGAUUUGACAGCACUGGCUUCGCUGAUGGGCUUAAAGAUUAAGGCCACUUAUUUUCAUCAAAUCUAUCAUCAUGACCGAGCAAACAUAUUGAUGUCUACCACUCAACAUAUUAUAUAUAAUAUUUCAACUAGCUAGCUAGUUCUUCGUCUUGUAAUAUCCGGAUACGGGAUCAACAUCAAGCAGUAUGAGUACUAUCGUUGAUGAUCAUGCAUGUGCGAAGAUGGGGGUGUGGCUUGUUUUUUCUUGCCCGCUAACUCGAGGUUGAUCAUGAGUAGUGGGGAGUAGUAUAAUACACACAUAUCUUGUUCAAGCAGCUAAUUUCGUGAAAGGCCCCAAGCCGAGCGGGGCUGAGCGGCUGGCGCGUCGGGAGAAGCGCGCCGCGAUGGCAGUGAUGAGAACCAUGGCUUCAGGGGGUUGGUACGUACGGUCGCCGAAUGCGACUGUCAACGACACACAGCGCGAAUUUUGGUCCCGGCAGCACUGGGAUGUGCAAAAAGCGAACUUCGACAUGAAACAGGUGGUUCAAGAACACAGGCGAUGCAGUUCGUUGGACGGGCCUCUCUGUGAUAACACCGCGGAACGCAUCCAAUUCACAGGAGAGAGUCUCGUUCCCGCUGUGGUACACAAUAAGGGAGUGUACCGUCCAGGCUCUUUCGCCGUUUUCGCAGAAGAGGGUGAUAUGAUCGGGGAAGGUACCUCCAUGCACUUCCUUUUCUUGUGAUAUCAACAAGGGCUUCAUGAAGACUAUUUGUACCAUAAAGAUAGAUCAAUGGCGAAGUUUGUGGAAGCAGAAUUUGAUACUGUGACUGUAACUAAGGUAAUGACCUCUUCAGUUCUUUGAUGGUUUUUUCGAAUCAUAUUUAUGGAUACAUAUUGAGGCUUGCCAUUGCAUUGUGAUUGAAUUAUGUACAAACAUUUUCACCGCUAUCAACUUCCAGCUUCUCUUUUCGAGACGGAGGAGCUUCUGGGUGUGGUCGCUGUGACUGACUUGUCGAAACUCUGGGGGACCGGGUCCACGAAUGCCGCUGUUGCCGCUGACCUGAGUGCUUUCUAUGUCCAGUCGAAGCCUAGAUUCGUGAAUAUGAACACGACGAAGCUGGCUGACAAAAUGAAUUCUGGACCAGAGUCGGAGCAGUCCAUGCACUUCGAAUCGUCCCGUGACGACGAUGAAUACAAGGAGAUGGUACGCCAAGUCAACGUUAAGGCUAGUGCAUCACUAUCUGGUGUGAGGUAAUAUCCUGAGUGGCGUGCUGCCCCUCGAUUUAAGGGGAAAAUCAACAGGAAAGAACUCCACGCACUCCUCCACGGAUAGUGAUUCUUGCCUAGCGUUAACAAUCGUGAACAAGCAGCAUUCCUUUCUAAACAAGGAGUUGGAGUGGGAGCAGGAGCAGCGGACCAUGAGGAUCUAAACCAAGAACCAGAACCACGCGCACUAGAAGGUGGUGUUGAAGCAGCAGUGGUCGAAGAUGGAGCAUCAGGGGCUCCAGUUGUCAAGAGUGAUGAUGAUUAUGGAUGUCCUCGUCUCCUGCCGGAACGGAUUUGGCACCAUCGCACUCGGCCGGUUGUAAUGAGCCCGCUUUUCGAGGAUCUGAGAAACGGUGCUCGUCUCGAUGAGCAAGUGGUACCAUUUUUAUGACCACAGCACUGAAAAAGGGAAUUGUAGCAUACCAUCGUUCUUAGGCAGAAAAAAGAGGGACUACGACCUUAUAUUAUCCUACGUGCUGCGGCGCUUACUAAAACAAAAAACUAGAGUUGUACUCACAAAAAGGCUGGGGUGUUUUGAUUUUCUUACGGAUUGCAUUUCAACGUCCUUUUAGCGUUCUAAAUUCUGGCUUGCCCGUUGAGCAUCUGGAGGGCCCAGAGACAAGGCACAUGCUAUCGGAGUUGGGUCCAGUCACUUUUCGCGGAGCAUGGAUGAAAUCGCAAGAACAAGUAGUACAGAACAAGCUACAGUCGAAAUCGAAAAAGAAUAAGAAAAAUGGCAGAACUUCUACUUCUACAUCACAGGACUUGUUAUUCGAUCAACAGAAAAGGAGAAAACAUAGUCAUUCGAUCUCUAUUCGGGAUGGCCAUAUGGGUUCGAUCCAUUUUUCUACGCCAGUGCUUCUGCGUUCCCUGGUUGUGCGUGCUGCAAGUCAUACGCGUGCCACUGUGUCGGGACACGCGCGUUUUGAUCGUCGUGAUGAGAUGUGGUCAGUCUCGCUGCGCUCGCGUGCAGAAUCGUCGACUGUCUGCCUUGAACCAGAAAGCGCUAUGAUGUCUACUAGUACUAUUGCCGCAGCAAGAAGUGGUAGCAACAUCCAGACUCCUUCAUCCGCUCCUGCAGCUGCGGAAGUAGAACGUAGGACCACGAAGACGAAUCAGGGAGCUGUGGCUGCUGCUGCACUAAAAACACGUCAGAAUUUGCAGCUUCAGAAUGCAACUGGCGUUGGGCACGAAUCUGUUCCGAAUUACGGGUAUCAAUCAUCUACAAAUCCUCCAUUUUCACAGAGGACUAUGGACCACAAAUCGAAUUCGGUGCGUCAGGAAUACAACGAGUUUGGUGUGAAAAAGUGGGCGCAUCCAGAGAAAGCUUUUGGGCCGGUCGUCGCGGGUGCGCUUUCUCGUGCACGUUCCGGCGUCUCAGUUUCUACAAUAGCGACUUCAUCAUGUUCGUGCGCCAGUGAGCAGCAAGUAGAGGCUCAGAUGCAGAUGAAUGAUACAAAAACGUCCUGCUCAGCUAGAAAGAUCACGACAUCUUCGUCAGCGUCUGCACAACAGCAGGACCAAGGUUUUUGUGCUGGAGUCGCGUCGGUUGGAUCUGACAGCACCCUUGAUUUGGUCGUAGAUGGCGGCGUCUCCUCUCUAGGUUUGCGCGCGAUCGACACGCUCACGUUUCGCGCAGCGGAGGGUCUAGAAGUCUUGCGGCUCGAUGUAAUACCUGCCGCAGUUUCUGCCGACUCUCGCCCCUCCACUCUCGCGCGUAGAAAAAGGCGUUACCACUCCCCACGCGCCAGCGCAGAGGAUGAGCCCGCGAUCACCACGACGACGGACAACUCUGCUGCGAUCUUUUUGUUAAGACGAGGCUAUCCUUUUGAUCAUGAUUUUGUUGUACGUAAGUGGGAUGUUCGAUGUUCUUCUUCUUGACAAGCUAUAACUAUUGAGUAUAAUAAUUAUCCAGUUUGAAAAAAUGCCUUGGUUUCUCAGUUCACGAUGAGGCUAGCCGCGACAUAUCAUGACCACUCUAACUUCGAUAGAUCCGAAUCACGGCGUACAAAUCCACACGGGAAUCAACGCUAACGCAUACCCAUACCUCAUUACCUUGCAGGAGCUGAUGGAGCAGGGCUUGCAUCUCCGGCAACCGAAUGCGAAACGAACACGGCACCUGUUAAAAAGUUCCUGUACUUCUAUGAAUUUUAUGCUUUUUUUGUCUCAUCGCAUCGAUCAGGUACCUACCUUGCUUCCUACAACAGAUUGAUUCAUAAUGCAAUUGUUUCUAUGUAAGUACUCCUUUAAUUAAUGUGACAAGAAAUGACAUCAAUAAAAUCUGCAGACUCGCACGGCGAUGGUCUCCGAAAGGAUCUUGGUGGUGCUGUCAAAGCGAGCAGGGAAGUAGAUCGUCUCUUUUUCUACGAUGCGGCGUCGAAGACGGAUGUGCAUGUGUCGGUUGAUGAGGAGGAGAACUACUAUAGCGCUAAGGACCGCACGUUGUCUGAGGUUUCCCUGCUGUGGCAGGGAGCGACGCAGGCGGAACUGAGUCCUGAGCUAAGACUCAACUGGGAGAGACGCUACGACCCGGAGGCACUGGCACCCCACAAAAGUCGUAAGAAGGGCACGACUUUUCCAACGGCGCUGGGUAGCAUUCAGGAGCCUUUUGAAACAAUAAAUAGGGUGUACCAUGCUGAUUCAGUCUCAGUCAAGAAGGACAAGAAAGUCGAGGCGACGGGUCAAUGGGUCAAAAUCUACGAAAGCGCAAGUGACCGAUCUGCUUCUCAGCCUACACUUAUGAAAGAAUUUGAAUUACUCGCUAAUAUUUUGCUUUUCGUUGUAUGAAUGAAUUUAAUCCGAUGUGAUCGGAAAAAUAGACCAGAUCAGAUUCUUGUUCUAAUUUCAGCUCUAUGGUGAACAAUUCUAGUUCUAUCUUCAGUUCUGGUUCGGGUCGACAAGAUGCUGGUGAUAUUGUCGACGCAAAGGAAUCUGAAAGUCACUACGGAGGACACAAGCGAGGAAAAGUUACGACACGACACGACAGUGAUUGUCCCAUCGUUUUUUACUUCGUACAUACUGAAUCUCUUCAGCAAAAAACUACUACUCCAUAUGAUGACGAUGCUCGGUCUACAAUCACAAAAAACAGGAACAAGCCCAAACGAUACAUAUUUAUAUCAGUAGUCGUAAUAAAUAGCAUUUACUUUCUCCUGCUCUCAAUCUCAUUGUUUGUCGAACUCUAAUGAGAGCGAAAGAAUGAAAAGAUGAAACACCUAUUCGUCCCUGCCAGGAGGGAGCAGCGGACCCUCAACCUUAAAUUUUUACACCUAUCAAAUUGGAAUUUUCUAAGAAGCAAGCUGCUGAAGAGUUUUACUUGAUCGACGAUGACGAGGAUAUGGGCGAAGAUUUUGCUUGGGACUCUAGCGAAGACGGCCUUUUCAAUGACAUUGUCGGGGACGACGACCUCGCAGAAGAUGAUAGUGAGUUAAGUCUGUAGUUCUUUGUCAAUAGAAUGAACGUUGAUCGUCGGCAUUGUAGAACCACAAAAUUUGAGUUCCUUCGUUCUUCAAUCUAUCAUCAUGGUCAUACAGAGCUGAAUCAGAAGACGAAAGUCAAUUUAUCAAUGAUGUGGGUUUAGAUUUCAUCUUUGUCUCUAGUUCUACUGCAUCUAUGAUAUUCGAACAAGUUGUUGGUCUUCUUGCUAAUUUUGUACGAUGAGGAGGAGGACGACGAAGAGGACGACGACUGGAUUGAUGACGAUGAGUGGGGUAGUGUCGGAGCAAAGACCUUCGAUGAGUUUGCUCUUAUGGCAUUGGCAGGUCAAUACAUGAAAUUGUUUGCGAAUCAGUUUCAGUUUUACUCCUCAGUGCACAAUAACAGGUUUUUCUCUGAAGUGAUGUUGACUUCGCAAAACAAUGAGGUAUUGCUCACAAUGUUUCUCUUUUUCAACAAUAUCUUAAGUAUGUGUUUUGUAAGCUCUAAGGCGCUUGAUGACGUAUUGGGUGACUUGCUGGAUCAUCCCGGUGCUGGUGGCAGGGGCACAACGGUUGAUAUCAGGGAUGCGGAUGAGGAUGCUGGAGAUUUCAACUAGGAGGUUCCAACGAAGAGGUGAGUGAAUGAAUAGGAGGUUCCAGGUAUGGAACUGGAGGUUAGAAAUGAUUCCUGAACUGGGACGAGGGUUGAAGAAUUAUGAAGGGAGGUAUGCCUAUGCUGGUGAAGGUGAUACUAGUACGUGUUGUUUUAGGGGACGAGGAUUAAUAAAUAGGAAUAAUCUUUUCCGAAAAUUAGAUGAAACGACGAUUGAUGAGCGUGUCGGAACUUCGAGUAGUAUCACGUGUUAGCUAGUAGGUGUU